AUGUUAUAUGCGCCGCUCUUGUCAUCUUUGAUCGACACCGGUUGCGGCAUAUUGGCUAAGCGGCUGGUGAACCCCCUUGGAAGCAGCUGUCCAAGAAUUCGGGCUGCCUUGGCUGUCUCAAUCUGCUCACCAGUCAUAUCGGGCACCUCAGAUUGCAGCUCACGCACCCUUCUCUCCGGUGAAUCCCUCCCCCACCAACUCAACGACAUCUUUUACCUCACCUCCGCAACAAAACUCAUCACCACCAUCGCCGCCCUCCAAGCCAUAGACGAUGCGCACCUCUCCCUGGACUCCCCAGAAACAAUCUCCCAAUUCGCCCCGGAACUAGUCAACAAACCCAUCCUCUCCCCAGACGGCGCGACCCUCACCCCUCCCACCAACCGCAUCACCCUCCGCCAGUUACUUUCCCACACCUCCGGCCUGGCAUAUCACUUCCUCCACCCUUACCUCUCCGCCUGGCUCGAGAAGAACCAAGAACCCUGUUACAACCUGCCAAGCCCUGGCAGCGUUUCUGGGCGUAACAAACCCCUGCAACCAGGCCACCGUCGCCCAGUAGAAGAAGCAUUCGCUUACCCGCUGAUCUUUGAGCCCGGAACAUCCUGGUCUUAUGGACCUAACCUCGAUUGGACAGGGCGUAUCCUCGAGCGAGCGACGAAUACCACCCUCGGGCAACACGUCCAGGAGCGCAUCUGCAAACCAAUAGGCAUCACAGCACAAGAUGCCCAGUUUUACCCCGUCGAGGGCGAUGAACCCAGAUCUCGAAUGGUCGACCUUAACCCCUCUGACCCGGCAGGGCUGGGGUUGGCUGUUGUAGGGGGGACAAUGGAUACGAACAGGCGGAGUGAGGGGGAUUUUGGUGGGCAUGGGAUGUUUAUGAGUGCUGAGGGGUAUAUCAAAGUUCUUCGGUCUCUGUUGGCAAAUGAUGGAAAGUUGUUGAGGAAAGAGACGAUGGAAGAGAUGUUUAGGGAUCUGAUUGGGGCGGAGGGGGAGGAGAAUGCGAGGGGGUGUUUGAUAGUCCUACUGGAAUCUUCUACAUGGUUGGGACGGAGGGGGUCAAGGUUGGACAUGGGUUGGGCGGGUUGUUAA